AUGAUAAUUUUAAAAAGGAAUAUAGUUUUUUUACUUAUAAUAAUUAUUGUUUUAGGUAUAUUUAUAGCAACAUCAAUUGAAAUUAAAAAUUAUAAAUUAUCACUAAAUCAAAAUAAAAAUGAAAUUUCAAAAAAUCCACCAAUUUGGCCAGCACCGUUCUAUGGUCAAUUUGGUAAUAAUUCAAUAUUAAUUUCAAAAGAAUUUAAUUUUACAAUAAUAUCUGAUUCAACAUUAUUAUUAAAUAAAACUUUAUCAAAAUAUUAUAAUUUAAUAUUUACUCAAGAUAAUUUAAUUAAUUCAUCAUCAAAUACUUUAAAUAAAUUAAAUAUUAAUUUAAAAUCUAAAAAUGAAAUAUUAAAAUUUGGAUUUGAUGAAAGUUAUAAAUUAAUUAUUAAAAAUAAUGAAAAUUCAAAAUUAGAAGGUAAUACAGUAUAUGGUAUAAUGAGAGGAUUAGAAACAUUUUAUCAAUUAAUUAAAUAUAAUUUUAGUGAUAAUUCAUAUUUUAUUGAAAAUUGUUUACCAUUAAUUAUAAACGAUAAACCAAGAUUCCCACAUCGUGGUGUGAUGUUGGAUACUAGUAGACAUUUUUAUUCGGUUGAUACCAUUUUAAAAGUUAUUGAAUCAUUAAGUUAUAAUAAAUUCAAUACUUUACAUUGGCAUAUAAUUGAUUCUCAAUCAUUUCCAUUAUCAAGUAAAUCAUAUCCAAAUUUAAUUAAUGGUGCAUGGUCAAAAAGUGAAAUUUAUUCGUAUCAUGAUAUUAAAAGAAUUAUUAAGUAUGGUAAAGAGAAUGGAAUUAGAAUUCAAUUAGAAAUUGAUAUGCCUGGUCAUGCUAAAAGUUGGAGUGUGGGCUACCCGGAUUUACUGCCUCAUGGUUGGAAUGAUUCGACAACAACGAUCAAAUGUCCGGACUAUGACGUGCCGUUAGACCCUUCCUCGCCACUAUCACUACCAAUCUCAUUUGGAUUAUUAUCAGAAUUCUCUGGCACAGAUUAUGGCUAUAAUCCAAAUUAUGAUGAUAAAUCUAAUAAUUUAUUUAAUCUUACAGUUGAUGAUUUAUUUCAUGUUGGUGGCGAUGAAAUUGAAUAUCAAUGUUGGAAUAAUUCAAAGAGGAUUAAAGACUGGAUGAAUGAAAAUAAUCUAAAGACUUUUCAAGAUGUUGCAAAACAAUUUCAAUUGAAAAUCAUUAAACAAUUAUUAAAAAUUGGUAAAAUUCCAGUAUUGUGGGAAGACACUUUUCAAUUGUUUUAUAAAGAUUUACCAAAAGAUGUUAUUGUGGAAAUUUAUCAUGAUCAAUCAACCGCUAUCAAUGCAACUAAUAAUGGUUAUAAAAUAAUCUCAUCGAUUGCUAGAUAUUGGUAUUUAGAAUACUCUUAUUCAAAUUGGAUUCGUGCUUAUAAUUUUGAACCAACUUUAAAUAUUUCAAAAUCAAAUAUUCAUUUGGUUUUAGGUGGUGAAGGUGCAAUAUGGAGUGAAUCAAUUGACUCAAGUAAUUUAUUUCAAAAAUUAUAUCCAACUUCUUCUGCUAUUGCUGAACGUCUUUGGAGUCCAAUUUAUUAUACUAAUUUAUUAAAUGCUAAAUCACGUUUACAAUCAUUUCGUUGUUCAUUAUUAAAAAGAGGUAUUAAUUCUGCUCCUUUAAAUAAUUCUUCACCAUUAUCUGCUUUUUCAUGUUAUAAUUCUUAA